GUUGUUGUUCAUUUGAGCAAUAAAGAAUGGGACACUCGCAUUGCUGCGGGCCAAGCGAUCGAAGCCAUUGCCAAAAAUGUCCCGUCAUGGGAUCCUCCGGAAACUAUCAAAAUCGAAAACGCGAAACCCACCAUAAACGAAUCAAACGAUAAUAAAUAUUCUUUUGACAAUUUUGACAUCAAGAAUGUUUUACAAAACGGAAAACCAUUACUGGGUUCGGCAGGAAAAGAAUAUGAUCUUGACUUGAGUGAUCUUGAUCCGGCACAACGAAUUGCAUUACAGCACAAAAAUCUUAGAGAAAGAUUGGGAUUAGGGGGUGAAUUCAUGGAUGUUGAUUUAUUAGAUGAUGUGGAUAUUAGCGGCGCAGUAUCGUCACAACAAAGUUCAACUGUUUCCAAAACCGAGAUUAAUGCGCAACCGCCUCGUUCUCCUGUUUUGAAUACGGAAGAUAUGGCGGGUUUAAGUGCAAGAGAAAGAAAUAAGAUGAAGAGAAAAGCAAAAAAUGAGGCUAAGAUUAAGGGAAAGGAAAAGUUACGAGUUGUGGAAGUUAAUGCUAGGAAAAGUG